AUGGGGGACUAUUCUACUUUUUUGGAUGACUAUGGUACGGUUUUAUUGGCUAUUUUGGAAGGGCUAUUUUUGGAAGUGCUAUUGCUAGUCAGUAUGUUUUCCUCUCCAAUAAUACAACAUGCUGAGCUUCUUACCAUAGAUGAACUUUGUCACUUUCACCAUGAGUUAAUCUAUCUUAACACGGUAUCAGGGCGCCGGAGCUACGCCGAUGUGGUGAUGACAGAAAAUCAGAAUGGAAAUUCAGUCGGAGCUUUUUCGAGCCAAAGUCCAGCUCAGAUGAACAUGAAUUCGAGUCCAAAUCAUGCUCAAAGAGCUGCUGAUGAAUUCGAUGAUCCAUGGUACCUGCAUAUUACAGAAAAUCCUAACCUGAUCCUGGUGUCUCCACCACUGUCCGAGGUGAAUUAUGCGUCCUGGAGCAGAUCAAUGAAGAUAGCUCUUGAAGUCAAAAAUAAAUUUGGAUUUGCAGAUGGAUCCAUAUUGAAACCUGAGAUAAAUGAUCCGAAGUAUACUAUUUGGAAGAGAUGCAACAACAUAGUGUGCUAUUGGAUCUUCAAAUCGCUGAGUCCUACGAUUGCAGAAGGAGUUUUAUACCUUGAAGUUGCAUCGGAUGUCUGGAAUACUCUGAAGAAGAGGUAUUCUCAGGUUGAUUCACACAGGAUUGCUGAAUUGCAGAAUGAGAUCUUCAAAUGUUCUCAAGGAUUGAAUGAAGAAUAUGAGAAUAUCAAAUCCGGAAUUCUAGUCAUGGAACCUAUUCCAGCCAUGGAAAAAGUUCUCAAUAUUACUUUAAAGAUGGAAAGGAAGCUCAGGAAUUCUCUUAGUCAGAAGAACAAUGAUCUAGUUCAAGCUAAUGUUGUUCAAGGUGGUGGAGAUCAGAGUGCAGAUGAUCAACCUGUGGUUUCAGCCUUAAGCAACAACAACAAGAAGAAAUACAACAGUUGGGUAGCAGGUUAUAAGUCUAAGAAUAAACAACAGCCUCAAGAUGCUCAGCAGGUCCACAAUGCUUCUGUGAACCAAAUUGGUGAUAUAGGCCUCACUAAUGAUCAGUUUCAAAGGCUAUUGUCAUUGUUGCAGAAUCAGAAUCAAGGAAGUCAAGCAUCAACUAAUGCAACUGUGACUGUCAACACUACUGGACUGAGACCAGAAUUCAGAAAUCCCAUGGAGAAACAUCAUGAAGGCAAGUUUAUCUCUAACCUUCAUGGAAUGUCUGUUAAGUUACCAAAUGGAGAAAUGUUGAGUGUAUCACAUAUAGGACAAGUCAAGUUGCAUAAAAAGAUAUUGUUGCAGGAUGUCUUACAUAUUCCCUCCUUCACUUUCAACAUUAUAUCUGCAAGCAAGUUAGUGAGACAAUCAGGCUAUGAAAUCAUUAUGAAACCUAACUCUUGCACCAUUCAGGGACAUCUUGGGAGAAUGGAUGGUUUUGCUAAGGAAAGAGAUGGAUUAUACAUACUUUCUGAUCCACCUAUGAAGAGGCAGAUGUGUGGUGCGAAUGAAGAAUCUGAUAUACUUUCAAAAAUUAAGGCUGUCAGAACAGAUAAUGGAACCAGAGCCUUGAAAUUUCAGUCUGGAUUGCCUGAUGAUUUUUGGGGCCACUGUGUCCUACACUCCUCUUAUUUGAUUAAUAGACUUCCUACUGAUGUUCUAAAUGGUAGCACUCCAUUUCAGAUAUUGUUUGGGAAGGAUGUGGAUUAUGAGCAUUUCAGAUCCGUUGGUUGUUUAGCAUUUGCUGCAACUAUUUCACCAGGGAGGAACAAGAUGGGAUCCAAGGCCUCAAAGGAUGUCAAAUUCUAUGAACAUGUUUACCCUUUCAGAGACAAAAAUCUAGAUGUCAAUAAGCCUGCAUCAGAGUUGUUUAAUCCCACCUUGCCUCUUGUUCCCAUUUCUGUUGAAGCAGAUGCUAGUUCUUUAGAGCCAACAAGAGGACAUGUUAUCCCUGCAGCCACAUCUCAAAGUUGUGACAACAACUCUGAUGAGAUAACCAGUAGAGCUCUGUUGAAUGAUGAUGAUAUUCACUCUGGUUAG